UUAUCCAAGCCAAUUCUGCAGAAGAAGGCAUUAACAAAUUACAUUUUCGGGUAUAAAAACCAAAGUUCUGCAUCCCUACGGCGGCAUUGAGGCAACACCACUGCAGCGCUAAAGUUGUUAAUUGUGUUAAACCAAUAAAACGCGACGAAUGUGAAAAUCGAUAUUCGGAAUUCGCAACUCUCAACUCGCAACUCGCAACUCGCCAAAAUAGUCGUUCAACAAUAUAUUGAGAAAAAGUGCGCCAUAAAAAGUUUCUGUGCAACAAAAAGGGGAAUCAAUAAAAAUUACUGUAAUGGCACAAUUUGUGGUAAUCUGGAGCAUAUUCCUGUACGCUUCCUGUCUGCUGCUGCUCAGCAGUGCUGAAGUCCCACAACAACAACAGCAGCAGCAACUCACCAAAGUGCCAUUAGUCAGCAGCAAUGUCGUUGAAAUGGUUGCGGGGGUGGGUGGACAAAGCGGAGUGGUCGCUGGUGUGGGUGUGGUAGGCGGUGUAGGUGGCGUUGUAGCGCCCAGCGUCGGUUCAGUGGCGAAGGAGGAGGAGCGUGUUUACUACCAUCCGGCUGCGGUAACCAAACCACGAAUCAUCGACCAGUAUGAUCAUCGCUCCUUGGACGGACACUUUGAGUACAGGUAUUUGCUCAGUAACGGUGAAGCUCGUUACGAACGCGCCUACUGGUUGCCAGCGGGCAAAAAUAUGGUGUUGGCACGCAAGGGAUACUACUCUUACCCAGUAUCACAUAAUAAAUUCCUAACUGUCUUCUAUACUGCCGAUGAAAAUGGAUUUCGACAGGAUUCAACCACCUUCAGUAGAACUCAACCGCAUCUCCCGCGUAGUAUCGAAGUGCCGGAAUACGUACCACAAUCGGCAUACGCUGCGCAUUCACCAGUAACACAGCAUCAGAGUAAACCACAUGUGCACAUCUCAACGACAACCGCAAGGCCUUUUGUUCCAUCAACCGAUAAUCCAUUCAUACAAUUGAAACCAUCAGCGCCUCCACAUGUGCCGGCACAUCAAUCUAUUGUAGGCCAUGGUCAACCCUUGUAUGGUCAUCAAUCACAAGCGCAACAUUCAUCCGUUCAGUCAUCAGUUGGAAGUCAUGUGGCGUCAAGCAUUCACUCAGCUGCUGGUGCACACCAACCGACAGGACCGCACCAUUCAUCCGUUCAUUCAUCGUCAGCAGCUCAUUCAUCAAUAGGAGGUCAUGUGGCGUCAGGCGUUCCCUCAUCUACUGGUGCACACCAUACCGCAGGAGCUCAUCCUGCAUCGGUUGUCUCCUCUUCCUCUGGUAUUUACACCAAUGUAGGAGUUAAGCCUGUCCCAGGUCAAGUAUGGCAGUCGUCAGUUGCGGCUCCUCCCUCGUCAAAUGUGGUUUCAUCUUCUGGUGUUUCCCAGUCGUCUGGAGCUUAUUCCCAAGCAGUUCACCCUGCAGUAUCCAGCCAAUCGGCAGUUCAUUCUCCUUCCGUUGUUCAACAUGGAGUAGAAAGUCAUUCUCAAGUUGGAGUUCACCCAACUGUUCCCUUCCAACCGGCAGUUAUUUCUUCCUGGGCUGGUCAGUCUUCAGGCGUGCAUUCCCAGACGGGAGGGCAUUCAGAAGUUCCAACGGCUUCCACAAUUCACCCCUCAGUAGGCGCUUACUCACCACCUCCAGUUCAUUCCCCAUCCGUAGUCCAAACUUCAGCAGGAGUACAUUCAACAGCUGUCCACCACUCGCGCCCCACAGUACGCCCACCGAACCAAGUGUAUCAAUACCAAUCAGCUUCACAAGGUUCUUCGGUUCAAUCUUCAGUAGGAGUCCCUCCAACAGUUGCAUCGGCCACAGGCCCAGUUCAAUCAUGGCAUUAUAGUUUUUAAAUAAACAACACCUGAUUGUGAAUUGAGGCGAUUAAAUUGGUAUAGAAAUUUUCACCUGGCUUACGACACUAUAUCAUUAUUUUCUUGUAAUUAAAAAUCGACAAUAAAAUACUUUCUUUAUGCAGUGCUUUGAAGUUUAUUAUAUCGUUGAAGUUCGUCUGCUGCCAUAACGUUUAUUG